AUGUCUUUCAAAGAAAAGUCGUCGUCGUUUCCCGGGUACUCGUCAAACAAACACUCUUUACCUCUAUAUAAAGACAAACCCUCGUCGUCGUCGUCGUCGUCUGCAUUUGCUCCCAUCCGUGGUUCCAGAAUAUCAAAGAAAGUCAUGUUGACUCGCGUAUUCUUCCUGACGUUGGCCCUCUACUCCAUCUACUACUUGGCGUUUAACUCGUCGUACUCAUAUCGCUCCAAUUCCAACGCCCGGGCCUCGUCGUGGCCACAAGCCAAGCAGCAGGUUAAAGAUGUGUUCCUUGAAUCGUGGAACUCCUACGAACACGAUGCAUGGGGCAAAGACAUUUACCAUCCCGUGACUAGUAAGGGUGAAAACAUGGGCCCCAAGCCAUUGGGCUGGAUGAUUGUCGAUUCCUUAGAUACCUUGUUGAUCAUGGACUGCAAGGAAGAGUUCACCAGAGCAAAAAAGUGGGUUCAAACCGACUUGAACUACCACUUUGACUAUAGCGUCAACUUGUUUGAGACCACCAUCAGAAUGUUGGGUGGCCUCUUGUCAGCAUUCCAUUUGUCCAAUGACGAUGUCCUAUUGGAUAAAGCCGCAGACUUGGCCAAUGCAUUGAUGGGAGGUUUCCAAUCCAAGACAGGAAUUCCAUAUUCUUCUGUUAACCUUAAAACUGGUGAGGGAAUCAGAAAUCAUGUAGAUGGUGGGGCUUCGUCCACCGCUGAGGUGGCCACCUUGCAGUUGGAGUUCAAGUAUUUGUCUAAAUUGACUGGUGAAGACUUGUACUGGAAAGCAGCUGAAAAAGUUAUGCUGGAGUUGGACAAGAACCAGCCUUUGGAUGGCUUGGUACCAAUUUACGUCCAGCCAGAUUCCGGAAAAUACCAGGGCAAAUUGAUUCGUCUUGGUUCCAGAGGUGAUUCCUAUUACGAGUAUUUGUUGAAGCUGUACUUACAAACAAACAAAAAGGAACCAAUCUACUGGAAAAUGUACAGAGAAUCUGUUGAAGGUGUCAAGAAGCACAUGUUGGGUGAGUCCAAGCCAAGUGGUUUGACAUAUGUUGGUGAACUCGAUAGAGGCAUUGGUGGGGGCUUGUCGCCUAAGAUGGACCACUUGGUGUGCUUCUAUGGUGGCCUUCUUGCACUCGGAGCUACUGGUGGUUUGACCUUGGCAGAAGCCCGUAAGCUUCCUACUUGGGGAGAAGAGCAAGAGAGCGACUUCAAGCUUGGUGAGGAGUUAACUUACUCAUGCUACAAAAUGUACCAUGACGUUCAACCUACGGGAUUGUCUCCUGAAAUUGUGGUGUUCAACCUGGAUUCGCUGAAGAGUGCUGACUUCAUCAUCAAGCCUUUAGACACCCAUAACUUGCAGCGUCCAGAAACAGUGGAGUCUCUUUAUUACUUGUAUAAGUUAACUGGAGACGAGAAGUACAGAAAGUGGGGUUACGAAAUCUUCCAGAACUUCGUCAAGCACACCAAGGUUACCACAGCAUCUGGAAUGGUGUCAUAUUCGUCGUUACAUGAUGUGACUAGCAAAGAGCCCAAGUUCAAAAAUAACAUGGAGUCGUUUUGGCUUGCUGAGACUUUGAAGUACUUGUAUCUCUUGUUUGACGAUGAGGACCUUAUUCCAUUGGAUAAAUAUGUCUUCAACACCGAGGCUCAUCCUUUCCCAAGAUUUGACUUGGAGCCAUUGUUCAAGACCGGAUGGGAAAGGCUGAGCGAUGAUCCCAGAGAAGUGGAGAAUGCAGCCAAGGUGGGAGAGCAGCAAAUGAAAGAGCAGCCCAAGAUCGACAAGAAGAAGAUGCCCAAGGCGGUUCCAGUUGCAAAGAAGGUGGACGAGCAACUUCAGGAAGAGGUAAAGAAGGAUCCGCUGAUCAAGAAUGAAGAGGAGAACACGAGAAAAAAGGUCGAAGAGGCGCUUAAAGAGUUGAGCAAGGAGGAAGAGAAGAACAAGAAGGAAGAUAAAUAG